UGUGUUGUGCGGUGGACGAGUAGGUGAAGGAUCAUCAUGGCACCAAUGGGACUAAAAGCCAUUGUUGGAGAAAAGAUAAUGAACAAUGUCAUCAAGAAGGCAAGAGAAAAGGGAAAAUGGAAGGUGCUGGUGGUGGACAAGCUCAGUAUGAGGAUGAUUUCCUCCUGCUGUAAGAUGACAGACAUUAUGUCAGAAGGGAUCACCAUUGUAGAAGACAUAAGCAAGCGGCGUGAGCCUCUGCCCAGCAUGGAGGCCAUCUACCUGAUCACACCGUCAGACGAGUCUGUUGAGGGUCUGAUUGAUGACUUCAGAGAUCCACAGUCUCCAAGGUACAGAGGAGCCCAUGUCUUCUUCACUGACACAAUCCCAGACUCCUUGUUUGGACUGUUAACCAAAUCCCGCGCCUCCAAAGCCAUGAAGGCCUUGACUGAGAUCCACAUCGCCUUUCUGCCUUAUGAAUCUCAGGUCUUCUCCCUAGGUAAAGUGGAUGCCUUUCAGGACUUCUACAGCCCCUUCAAGUCUGACGUCAAGAAUAACAUGCUGGAGCGUUGUGCUGAACAGAUCGCCACCCUCUGUGCCACACUCAAAGAGUAUCCUGGAGUUCGAUACAGAGGGGAGUACAAAGACUGUGCAGUUCUUGCCCAGAUGCUUCAGGAGAAGCUGGAUGGCUACAAGGCUGAUGACCCCACCAUGGGAGAGGGCCCAGACAAGUCUCGCACUCAGCUGCUCAUUCUGGAUCGAGGCUUUGAUCCAGUGUCACCUCUUCUGCACGAGCUCACACUGCAGGCCAUGGCAUAUGACCUGCUUGGCAUUGAGAACGAUGUCUACAGUUUUGAGACCAGUGGUAUGGGUGAGACCAGAAUGAAGGAGGUACUGCUGGAUGAGGAUGAUGACCUGUGGCUCACUCUGAGACACAAACACAUUGCUGAGGUGUCAACGGCUGUGACUCGUUCUCUAAAAGAAUUCUCUGCCAGCAAAAAGAUGAACACAGGGGAAAAGACUACCAUGAAGGAACUGUCCCAGAUGCUGAAGAAAAUGCCUCAAUAUCAGAAAGAACUCAGCAAGUAUUCAACCCAUCUCCAUCUGGCUGAGGACUGUAUGAACCGCUACCAGGGCACUGUGGACAAACUCUGUCGUGUUGAACAGGAUCUGGCAAUGUCCACAGAUGCUGAGGGUGAGAAGAUCAAGGAUCCCAUGAGGCUUAUUGUUCCCGUUCUACUGGAUGCCAAUGUCAGUGUGUCUGACAAGAUCCGCAUCAUCCUGCUUUAUAUAUUUCUUAAAAAUGGUGUGACAGAGGAAAAUCUCUGUAAGCUCCUUCAGCAUGCCAGUAUCCCCCCAGAGGACAGUGACAUCAUUUCCAACAUGGCCCACAUGGGCGUUCCCAUAAUCUCUGAGCAGGGCACUGCCAAGAAGGCCAAAAAGCCUGAUCGUAAGGAACGAAUCAGUGAGCAGACCUACCAGCUCUCCAGGUGGACUCCUCUUGUCAAGGAUCUUAUUGAGGACGCAAUUGAGGACAAACUUGACCCCAAGCAGUACCCAUAUAUUUCUCAGCGACAAGCAUCUGCCAAAGCCAGUGCUCCCUCAAGUGCUCGCUAUGGUAACUGGCACAAGAACAGGGGUCCCACAGAGAUGAAGACAGGGCCCCGGAUAAUUGUUUUUAUCAUCGGAGGCAUGACACACAGCGAGAUGCGCUGUGUGUAUGAGGUCACCCAGACCAAUGGCAAGUGGGAGGCCCUGAUUGGUUCCACCCACAUAAUCACACCUCCUAAGUACCUAAAGGAACUACAGCACCCAGACUUCUUGGACCCCAACUCCCCACCAGAGGGCACCGAGGAGCCGCCUGCAGAAUGA